AAGAAAAUGCUACAGAUUAAACCUGUUAAAUGUUACCACAGAUUAAACCCUCCACAAUGAUAUGCUUGAUGGUAUCGAUAAGCAACCUCCCCACCAGUGAACCACCGGCAGCAUCGUCCCCCCCACCUCAACAGGAUGUAUUACUACAAUCACUAAGUGUGUUCGCCGCUCAUCUGGAUCUUGGGAGUAGCGGCAAGUUUGAAUACAGCACGCCAAGUAUUAAAGCCAUGGUCCAACGCAGCGUACCAACCAACCAUGGUCAAUACGCCGACGUUGUAUUCGUGGAUUCAAAUUCAAACAAACCAAUCAGAGCGCUUGUACCGAGCGCUACCAUGGCGAUGGUUGCCAACAAGUCACAUGACCCCCACCCGGUGUUCAAUGUUGCCUUUUUCCUUCACCGCGAUAAUUCUCUUUUCCCCCCCUCGAGUAACGUGCCGUACAAACCUACCCAGGUAUUAUCCGCACAAAUCAACCUGACAUCGGUGAAGCGACUUCAACAGCCGUUCCAAUACAAUCUUCCACUCCCUGAUGAACAAAUCAAUACGAAACGUAUAUAUCGUUGUGGUUAUUGGAACGUGGAAGCGCAGGAUUGGAUGUUCGAUGGUUGCCAAGCAACGGGAACCCCCGGCGACCCCGAGUGUUUGUGCGAUCACAUGACCAACUUCGGACUUCUUGUCCAAACGAUCCCAAGUCCUCCCAACUUUUCAUUGCAAAUAUUUGGGAAGGUUUGUCUCUCAAUAUCUAUUGUGUGUUUUGGGUUGAUUAUCAUCAUACACCUCAAAUAUGAGUAAGUCAUAUGGUGGAAAGCAUGAGGCAUGAGGCAUAGGCGUAACUUAGGGGGGCGGUUGUGACAGGUUACCCAGCUUUUGAAACAGUGGUGAUAUCAUGCGCUUUAAUACCC